AUGGACACACUUUUACCUAUCAAAGAAUUGAACGAAGCCGAUUUUGAAAACUUUAUUAAAACGGUCAAUACACUAUUUGAAACUGCGCCUCCUUUGGCUAAACGAUUAUAUGAAAAGCGACCUUAUUCUAGCUAUGACGCACUGAUUAAUGAAGCAGACGAGAUUCAAUCAAGACUAAACAAGGAGGAAAGGAUUGAGGUGAUAAACGCACAUCCACGUAUUGGGGCACCCAAGCAGAACCUAUCUGCCAUGUCACAAAGAGAACAGGGCAAGGGCCAGGAAGAUAAUGAAGUGAAUGAAGAGUUGAAACGAUUAAACGAGGCGUAUGAACAAAAGUUUGGAUUUAAAUUUAUCGUGUUUGUGAACGGAAGAACAAGAAAGGAAAUUAUACCUGUUUUGAAGGAACGUAUGGAAGGACAGAGCCGAGAGCAAGAGUUGAAUACAGGCAUUCAGGAGAUGAUCAUGAUUGCCAGAGAUCGUCUCAAGAAACUUGGUCAACAAAGUCAUUUAUAA